UAGUAGAAAGCACUGGCACUAGUGUUCAAUAUUCUUCAAAUACAAAAAUGUCGCUCUCCAAAUCUCAUUUUCCUUCAUUCAACAUGGCAGACUUCUCAGACUCCAUGAAAAAAUUGGGCUCCACAACAUCUACGUUCUUUAAUCGAGCAAAACAGUAUACAGAGGAACAGCUUGGGAAGUCUGAAGCCACUGUUCUUGAUGCAAGGUUUGAAUCUUUGGUGGAAAAAGCUGAUCGGACAAAAUGCCGCACAGAGCAGCUUUUGAGGCAGACGGAGACUCUCCUACAACCAAAUAUCGGAGUCAGAGCAGAGGAGUAUGUCUAUGACAAACUUGAGAAGAAGAAACCAGAGCGUAAGACCAACCUAGAGACACUGGGAUGUUACAUGUCAGAAACAGGCCAGGAGUUUGGACCGGGAACAAGUUAUGGAGGUGCUUUAAUUAAGUGCGGAGAAACUGAGAAAAAACUGGGACAAGCUGAGAAGGAGUUCAUGAGAAAGACAAAUUCUCAUUUCUUGCAGCCAUUGCGCUCUUUUCUGGAAGGUGACAUGAAGACAAUACAGUCUGAGAGAAAGACCUUGUUUGCAAAAAGGCUGGAUCUUGACUCCUGUAAAUCUAAAGUAAGAAAAGCACAGUCACCAGAGAAAAUGCAACAGAUGCAUUCUGCUGCUGUAAAGAAUAAGAAUUCAAAUAGCUUGUUUCUCAUUAAUGAACUGGAUCAGGCCGAGCAAGAACUCAGAGUCGCACAAGCUGAAUUUGAUCGACAGUAUGAAGUAACUAAGCUUUUGCUUGAUGGAAUUAACACAGCUCAUGCCAACCACCACCGUGCGCUCCUGAGUUUUGUCGAAGCUCAAGCACAGUACUACGCGCAGUGCCACAACUACAUGCAAGAACUUCACCGUCAGCUGGGUACCCCUCCCGGGGAUAUACUACCCCCUACCCCUGCGGCAAGUGCUCCGUCAGCUGCUGAAGUCGCUGCGGGACCAGACCCGGCUGGAUUCACUAGACCCGCGCAGACUAAAAAGGCUAAGGUGUUAUAUGAUUAUGAUGCUGCUGAUGACAGUGAGUUGUCUCUUCUGUCUGAUGAGAUACUGACAGUUUACACCCUUCCUGGGAUGGAUAAUGACUGGAUGAUGGGAGAACGGGGCCGACAACGUGGAAGAGUUCCAGUUACUUAUCUAGAACUACUUGACUAAAGAAAUAUUACUAUAACACACAAAUUCAAAAGGCUUAAUUACAGCUGGGGUAUUGACGGACAGCAGUUGUUUUAAGUUCCUCUAAUUACAUGCAUGAUUACGAGCAGAGAGAGAGCCAUUUUUUUUAUAAAAGUGAAAGAUAACCUUUAGGAGUUAAUGAAUGUAUGAUAAGGGAAGAAAAAAAUGACAUUUUCAUCAACCCUUUUAAGAAUGUAAGUAAAAAAAGAAAAUCUUAUGGGACUGGUCGUUUGACGAUAUGGAUGGUUUUCACAGCCGCCAUGUUGGAUGAAUUUAACAAAAGAUUCGUCAUUAGUCUCUUUUGUUAUAUCAUCCAACAUGGCUGCCGUGUCUUUUGUUAUUUCAUUCUCAUGGGAAUGAUUGAAAACCAGCAAAAGCGCAACCAUUUAGUGAUCUUUGGUCGCAUGUAUGGCUUAAAGCAUUUGUUACAUCAAUGAACUAAGAGUAUAAGUUCUAAUUUACUUGCGAAAUGCAGACCACGUUGGAAACGUCGUUCCAUUUUGGAAUCCAUUUUGAAGCUGGUGCCGUGCGCUUUCCAACCAUUCAUUUCUUUGCAAACAAAGUAGCCUGCAGAGCAGGCGUUCUUUUGAUGGAUUUGAGAGGAAGAAUCGGGGUUUUGGGGUUCCUGUUUCGACCGAGGGCACGCGAGAAAAAUGGGACCUAGCAAAAAAAGGGAACGUGGCUUCUUUUUUCGUGGAUCGGUUUCAAUUCUUGCUCGUUCCAAAGUUCCCCUAAAACCCCAGUUUUUCCCCAAACCCACAAGAACGCCUGCUUUGCAGGCUACGAUCAAAGACGCAAGCUAUAUUGCAUUAUAUGACCUUUACGCGGUAAGAUAUUCAAAAUGACCGCCUCGUCAAAAACGUGCGUUGGUUCUAAAAUACUGUCAUUGAUUCUGAAGGCUUGGUAACCUCAACAUUUUGCAACAACAAAAAAUUUGAAUCGGGGUGACACGUUGCAACAAAAUCACGCAACGUUGCUAUGCUAAGAAAUUUGGCUGGAAUUUUCAAAAUGUUGCGCGCAAUUUUGCAAGAGUAGAGCGCGAUUCAACUUCGGGUUUGUUGCAUGCAAUGCUGCAUGCAACGAGAUUCAGGGGUAGACACACACUGCAACACUCCUGUUGCGUGCAUUGUUGCACCGUGUGUUCGUACCUGCGUCCCUAAGCCUGGCUCGUCACACGACAGUGAGAGUUGCGUAACGACACUAAUAGCAGCUGCGUAGGAGAUAAUCUUAAACCAAAACUUAAAGAAAAAGCUAGUAAUACGUAAAAUACACAACAUCUAGAGAUUGGGAGUGACUAAUAAAAGGCGUUAGAAUGCAGACAAUA